GGGGUGGUGUCACAUGGCAGUCACGUGUCCGCUCAGUCAUGGUUGCCUUCUGAAGAGCGAUGUUUCCUUUGAACCCGUUUAUGUGACCGUUCCCCCGGACACAGUGCACAUCCAGCAUGCAGAAGAUCAAGUCACUCAUGGCCCGACAGGGUCUGAAGAGCCCUCAGGAGAACAUGGCCGACCUCAGCCCUGUGGAGAGCUUGAGGAUCCCCAGUCAGGAGGAGAUGCGUGAGCCACGGGAGCAGCCUUUGGACCCAAGCACAGAGCAGGAGAUCAUCGACAGCAUUGAGGAGGUCUACUUCUCCUCCGACUCCUUUGACAUGGUGCAGUACGAGCUGGAGAAGCUGCCCCCGGAGCUCAACCCGCAUGAGCUAGAGCAAUACAGGGACAAGCUCAAGACACAGCAAGCUGCUGUUUCUAAGAAGGUGGCAGACCUGAUCCUGGAGAAGCAGCCGGCUUAUGUAAAGGAGCUGGAGAGGGUGACCGCUCUGCAGACCAACCUGCAGCUGGCAGCAGUCAUCUGCACCAAUGCCCGAAGGCAACUGGGCGGGGCUAAGGAGGGCUUCACCGAGGCCUGCCUGGGUCUGUUGGCCAAUCAGAGGAGGAGACAGCUACUGACCGGUCUGCUCAAGUCCCUCAGAACCAUCAAGACCCUGCAAAGAACAGACGUACGCCUAAGUGAGAUGCUGGAGGAGGAGGACUACCCAGGAGCCAUUCAGCUGUGUCUGGAGUGUCAGAAGGCCGCCAGCACCUUCAAGCACUACAGCUGCAUCAGUGAGCUGAACUCCAAACUGCAGGACACACUAGAGCAGAUAGAAGAACAGCUGGAUGUAGCCCUGUCAAAGACGUGCAAGCACUUUGAGGUGGUGCACUACACUAAGGUGCAAAGGGCCUACUCGCUGCUGGGAAAGACUCAGAUGGCUAUGGACCAGCUGCACAUGCACUUCACCCAGGCCAUCCACAACACGGUGUUCCAGGUGGUGCUCGGAUAUGUGGAGCUGUGUGCUGGGAACGCUGACACCAAGUUCCAGAAGAUGCAGUACAAGGACCUAUGCACGCACAUUACACUGGACAGUUACAUUCCGUGUCUGACAGAUCUCUGCAAGGCAUUAUGGGAAGUAAUGCUCAGCUACCACUGUACAAUGCAGUGGCACGAGGAGCACGACAAGCAGGAGAACACUCCAGGUGGCAUAGCAGAGGAAUCAGACGAGGGGGUGGACCGCUCGUACGUGAAGAAGAAGCUGGAGCACGGGCUGACGCGGAUUUGGCAGGACGUGCAGCUGAAGGUCAAGCCCUUCAUCCUGGGCACAGACAUGUCCAGUUUUAAGUACGAUGACUUCAUAGUGGUGCUGGACAUCAUCAGCAGGCUCAUGCAGGUGGGAGAGGAGUUCUGUGACAGUAAAUCUGAGGUGCUGCAAGAGUCCAUCAAACGCCAGAGUGUCAACUACUUCAAACACUACCACAGGGCUCGUCUGGAGGAGCUGAGGAUGUUCCUGGAAAAUGAGACGUGGGAAUUGUGUCCAGUCAAGUCCAACUUCAACAUCUCCCAACUGCACGAGUUCAAGUUCUUGGGCCAAUGCCGUUCUCCCUCCGUGUCCCCCAGCAAACAGGCCUCAUCUGGACCUAUGCCGGACCAGGAGCUCAACCUGUUCCAGCUCUACCUCCAGGGAGGAAAUCCCUUUGAGAUGCACAUCGAGCAGAAGGACGAGGAGAGUGAGGACGUGCUAGCUUCUAACGGGUAUGAGUCAGAUGAGCUGGAGAAGAGCGUGUACCAAGAGUAUGACAGUGACAGUGAUGUCCCAGAGGAGCUGAAGCAAGACUAUGUGGACGAGAAGACUGGGGACGCCCCACUCAAGAGCGUCUCUCGGGAAACAACCCGGAGCAAGAAGAAGUCGGACUACAACCUGAACAAGGCCAACGUGCCCAUCCUGACCAACACCACACUCAAUGUCAUCCGUCUGCUAGGGAAGUACAUGCAGAUGAUGAACAUCCUGAAGCCCAUCGCCUUUGAUGUCAUCCACUGUGUGUCCCAGCUCUUUGACUACUACCUGUACGCCGUAUACACCUUCUUCGGCUGCAAUGACACAUACGAGGCGUCGGGGCUUGGCCUGAUCAGUAGCAGACUACGCAGCACGUUGAACCGGAUCCAGGAGAGCCUCAUUGAUAUGGAGAGCGCUGAGGGAGCAACGGUCCACGGCGCAUCUGAGGAGAGGAAGGAGAAGGUGCCCAGCCCUCACCUGAGCCAGUUGGUCGACCUCUGCAACAGCAGCGCCCUGUUCGGCCUGGCCCAGCGUGUGGUGGCCACCGAGUCUCUCGUGUUUCUGGCAGAGCAGUUUGAGGCGCUCCAGUCUCAUCUGGACUCCAUGAUGCCUCCAGCCAAGAAGCCCUUCCUGCAGCAAUUCUACUCACAGACAGUGUCCACGGCCAGCGAGCUGAGGAAGCCCAUAUACUGGAUUGUAGCGGCCAAGGCCAUUGACUAUGAGCAGAUGCUGCUGCUGAUGGCAGGAGUCAAGUGGGAUAUCAGGGACAUCAUGUCACAGCACAACAUCUAUGUGGAUGUGCUUCUCAAGGAGUUUGAACAGUUUCACCAGCGCCUGGCCGACGUGUCCAGACAUGUGCGUAUCCCUCUGGCUGUGUCCAACGUCUUGUGGGAGCACUGCAUCCGACUGGCUAACCGCACCCUGGUCGAAGGCUAUGCAAACGUGAAGAAGUGCAGUAAUGAGGGCCGUGCACUGAUGCAGUUGGACUUCCAGCAGUUUCUCAUGAAGCUGGAGAAGCUCACAGACCUGAGGCCCGUACCUGACAAGGAGUUUGUGGAGACCUACAUCAAAGCCUACUACCUGACAGAGGGCGACAUGGAGCAGUUCAUCAAAAACCACAGAGAGUACUCCAUGAAGCAGCUGGCUAACCUGGUGAACGUGUGCCUGGGCUCGCACAUCAACAAGAAGGCCCGGCAGAAGCUUCUGGCCGCCAUCGACGACAUUGAUCGCCCCAAGAGAUAAAAUGGAGGAGAGAAGGGAAGAGAGAUGGAGACUGAGGGACAUUCUCUGGACCUGUUCACUCCCAAAGUCCAUCUUCUCAUGGUAUUUCUGGAAUGUCUCUUUCUAGGCUGUCUGAGUCCAAAACUCUGGACUCUAAGUGGACGAACAUGGAGCCUUUUGGAGGGAGCAGCAACGGGGACCCUCUUGUGUGCAAACUCAUUUACCACAUCUCCUCCACAUCACCUCCACGGUGACACUCCAAACAUGAAGAAUCUGAAUCUGAAGAAACAAGCCAUCCCAAACAUGACUGCAGAGCUUGGGAUUGAACGUUAAAAAUCCACCAUGUUGAUUUAAAAUCUUCAUAGAGAUAUAUUUGCCAAAACAAUAUAAUAAAAAAGUAAACCUGCUGGGAAACAAAUCUACAAACUGGGUCACAACUGGUAAAUACGUUUAUCACACUAUAGCGUCAGAAAACGUUUGAAUGACUAAAUGAGUGAAUGCUGUAUUUGGUAUUUAGCAUCUUAAAAUCUCCACAGUUGAGGAUUGCAUUCCCUGUACUGCAGCUAAAUGUGUCUUGCCCCAGGGCAGAUAUAGUGUAUAAACAACUCUUGAGGUCAAAAUAAGUCCGCUGUGACUUGUCUGCAUCUAAUUUAAAAUAGAUUUAUUGUCCCAUAAUCUUGAAGUGCGUGUUAGUGUGCCAGUUGUUGUUAGCAUUAGUGCUAGCCAAACUCCGUUCUGGCCUGUCAAAGUUGUGAAAAGUGUUCAUAAACUCAUCGUGGUGAAUUAGGAUGCAUAAGGUAAGAGAUGUUUAAUAUAAUAACUAUAUAAUAACUUUGGACCAAAUCAUUUAAAAUUAACUAGUUCUGUUUUUCACAUCCUUAAGAUGGUAAAAAAUGAGAGAGACCUUAUCAUUAACAACAAUUCUCUGAGGUGUGAUGACACAAUCCCGAGCUCUAGAGCUGCCACCCUGCCCUAAAGGUGACAUGUUCUGCUUGGGAUGACCUCAUCAGAAACGAGCCUGGAGUCGGGGCUUCAUAGUUGUGAUUUCUGUCAUUUAAUUAUGAUUUUAUUUGUUAUGAAUAUUUUUCUAAUCAGAAUUCGCAUUUGAGAACUUGUUUGUGGGUCAAAAAUUAUACUACAAUGUUAGAAGCUGUUUUUCUUUUUACAUCAGGGAACAUGUUAUUAAAGGAACUGUAUGUAGGUUACGGUCUUAUACUUUUAAAUAAAAGUAUUAGAAUCACUACUGAACCUGGGUUGCCAGUGCCUUAACCUGCAGAUAGAGGACACAUACAAAAUUUUCUCAUUCUCAGUAUAUGUAUAUAUCAUGUGAUAGCUCAGAAUCUCUAGAAUUCACUCUCUGAGCUGCAGAGGCUGCACUAGCACUGAUUAAUGAUUGGCUGCAGGUGCUGGGUUCAGUUAGUGACCAUUCAGAUCAGAGAGGCAUUUUAGAUUUAAACCUACAUUAGCAUUGAAACUGGCAACCCAAAUGAGAGACCCGUGUGAGGGUCAUUCUGCUCUCUGAUUGGAUAAUCGUCUUGAACCAAAACACCAAAUUGUAACAUAAAGAAAUGGAGCAUCAUGUCCAAUGUUUUGUUUUGUCUUUUUUGUUUUUGUUUUUUUCCUUUAACUAAUUGCAGCCCUUUGUGAUUUUAUUGAUUGAUAAUGAUUCCUGGCUCUGGCUCAAUGAGGUGGUCUGACUUCAACUGAAAGUGAAUUUUGUAAUUAAAAUUAAAUACUUGUGCUUAUUGUGAGUGUGCUCACCUUCCCCAU